CACUUCAACUCCUGCAGCAACUGACCUGAAACUAAAUAUUCAUCAGCUCGUAUGAGAAGCCAAACGGAGGUCCCAAGGUGAACAGUUUUGGUGUCUGGACGCCUUUAGAGUGAGUUGGAGGUGUUCAGCCCGUGCAGGAUGCUGCUGCCUCCGCGGAUGCUGUGGGGCGCUGUGGUGCGGCAGGUACCUCCGCGUCUGACCUACAGCACUGCAGCACAGCCGCAGGUGAUGCCCAAAAAGACUAAGUUUGGUCCUUUGAAUGACCAAGACCGGAUAUUUACUAACUUAUAUGGUCGACAUGACUGGAGACUCAAGGGAGCGCUAAAAAGAGGAGACUGGUACAAGACAAAGGAGAUCAUACUGAAAGGGCAGGACUGGAUCCUAAACGAAGUGAAAAUCUCCGGUCUUCGGGGCAGAGGGGGCGCAGGAUUUCCAACUGGUAUGAAGUGGAGCUUUAUGAACAAACCAAGUGAUGGCAGGCCCAAGUAUCUGGUAGUGAAUGCAGAUGAGGGGGAGCCUGGGACAUGCAAAGACCGUGAGAUAAUGCGUCAUGACCCCCAUAAACUGAUAGAAGGCUGCCUGGUGGCUGGAACAGCCAUGGGUGCACGUGCUGCAUACAUCUACAUCAGAGGAGAGUUCUAUAAUGAGUCUUCAAAUCUUCAGGUGGCUAUUAAUGAGGCCUACAAAGCAGGGCUGAUAGGGAAGAACGCCUGCGGCUCAGGGUAUAAUUUUGAUGUGUUUGUGAUGCGAGGAGCGGGAGCUUACAUCUGUGGAGAGGAGACCGCUCUCAUUGAGUCUCUUGAGGGCAAACAAGGGAAACCUCGUCUCAAACCACCUUUUCCUGCAGACAUUGGCGUGUUUGGAUGCCCAACAACAGUGUCCAAUGUGGAGACAGUUGCUGUGGCGCCUGCAAUCUGUCGUCGAGGUGGGGCUUGGUUUGCCUGCUUUGGGAGGGAGAGGAACUCUGGGACGAAGCUGUUCAACAUCUCGGGACAUGUGAACAACCCAUGUACAGUGGAAGAAGAGAUGUCUAUUCCUCUGAGAGAGUUAAUAGAGAGGCACGCAGGAGGAGUGAGGGGCGGCUGGGACAAUUUAUUAGGAGUGAUCCCAGGAGGGUCCUCAACUCCCAUCAUCCCUCAGCACGUGUGUGAAGAUGUUCUGAUGGAUUUUGAUGACCUGGUUCGUGCAGAAACCGCCCUCGGAACUGCAGCUGUAAUAGUCAUGGAUAAAUCGACUGAUGUGAUCCGAGCUAUUGCACGUUUGGUGGAGUUUUACAAGCAUGAGAGCUGUGGUCAGUGCACCCCCUGCAGGGAAGGAGUUGACUGGAUGGAUAAAAUGAUGUGGAGGUUUGUGCGAGGAGAUGCAGCAGUUUCAGAGAUUGACAUGAUUUGGGAGCUCAGCAAACAGAUUGAGGGACAUACCAUUUGUGCUCUGGGGGACGGAGCUGCCUGGCCUGUGCAGGGUCUAAUUCGUCACUUCCGGCCAGUCAUGGAGAGCCGUAUUGCUCAGUAUAACAAGAAAAAUCCCCAAAGAGAGCCACUGAUUGAGAUGCUCUAAAGUGGUACAUUUCAGACAAAUAAUCCUCCACAAGAAUAUUAGUACAUAUCUUACGCCAUUUUUUCUUUAACAGUUUUACAUAUUAAAAUAUUUUUAGAGCAAGGCUUCCUGCAGAAGUUAAUUUUAUUGCCUCUGCAAAACCUUAUUUAAAUUGUUUUUCCGUGUGUGAAUGGAUCUUUUAUUUCUGAUAUUUCAGAUGUACUGAUGUAACUGCUAAUUGACAUCCAGUUUUCUAAUGACUUAUUUGCAAAAUAUGGCAUGACUCACAGUGUAAUAAAACCUACUCAAACACAACA